AUGCCGCACACUAAUCGUCCAAAAUGUGUUGCUUGCGAUCGAACUAUUCGAAGUGGAAAUAUACGUUUUUUAUCCACAAAUCUCCCCAGAAUUUUUGUGUCCAUUGAACAACGUAAACGAGUCACAGCCACCGAUGCUAUAUGCGAGAGUUGUCGAUUGAAAUAUAUUCGAUGGAAGAAAUUGACGAUGGGUGAUUUUGACCAAUUUAAUACCAUUGAUCAAGAUGAUUCGGAACCCGAUGAUGAAGUAAAUGAAAAUGUUGACAUGGUAAUAUUAACUUUAUUUGAAUACAAAACUUGA